GACUUUAUCGUGACGAAUCACGAUGGUCAAAUCAAUCGAAAGCGAUGUUUUACUAGCUGUCUGUAUUGACGUGGAUUCCGCGAAACGCCCAGAUGCAAGUUGAAAUGGAUCCAACUGCACUUACAACGGAAUUUCGAGGAAGGCCGGCAGAAAAUCCCGUACCCACAACUACAAGCUGCAGCCAAUCCAACGGACAGAAUUCUUCUCUGUUAAUCCCCAAACAUACAUAUUUAUUCCAAUCCAAACGCCACUGCCACUGCACCGAAUAAUAUCCGUGGACCAGCCCCUGCCACGUGGCCAGCGAUCGGAGGACCUCCAUCGCGGAAGGACAAGGAAACGAUAAUUCGGAAUUGAAAUUUAUAAAAAUGUUUUGUGGUUGUGCAGGCCGCACAAUUCAUUUUUCCGCUGGAGAUAUGACCAAAAUGAGAAUCUGUUGCUUUCCGCGGUAUUGCUGAUGCUGCUGCUCGGAUUGUGGUGGGUUGUUUCCACGAUACAUCCAUCAUACGGCCCACGCGUUUUCUGGGUCUUCAAGUAAGACUGAUAUUUGGGUUAUUUGACAGAUUGAUACUUUUUUUCUUUUCUGCUUGGUUCUGUUCUGGAGGAAAACAAAGGGGUUUGAUGGCGUCCGUAAUGGGUUCUGAGUUUUGGUGCUACCGGUGCGAGGAAGCAGUGAAUCUGUUGCCGGGGGAUAUGUCUUGCCCUAGAUGUUCAGAGGGUUUUGUUGAACAGAUGCGGGAUCGAACCCCGCCAGUUCCAAGGAUGUUUGGUCUCUUUAGCGAUGGCGGAGGUGGCGGAGGAAGCAGCAGGCGGCGGCGUAGAUCCUACUUCCGCGGUGACGAUGAUGAGGGCGAAGGUGGAGCGAGGCUGGUUGUGGUGGGCCACUCCGCCAUCAUGGAGCUCAUACAGUCCCUCGGCUCCUCCGAAAGAAGCUCUCCUUCUGCCGAUGAUGAAAAUGAGGACGAAGAUGAUGAUGAUGAUGAUCGCAUGGAUCGCAUGGAUCGCAUGGAGCGGCGAAUGGAGGAGAGGGAUAGGGAGAGAGAAAGGGAGAGGGAAAGGGAAAGAGAUCGGGAGAGAGAGAGGGGAGGCUCAGAGGGGCUGAAUGUGACCCUAGUGCUGCAAAGGCGGGUGCGCGGAGGACUGGAGGAGAAUUUGGGGAUCCUGUUCGAGAGUGAGGAGAGAGGCAGAGGAGGAUCUAGCAGUAGCAGGGGAUCUGGUGGGGGACUGCCCAGGAGCCUGGGGGAUUACUUCAUAGGACCGGGGCUAGAUCUGCUCAUCCAACGCUUGGCUGAGAAUGACCCUAAUCGCUACGGCACUCCCCCGGCUUGCAAAUCAGCUGUUGAGGCCAUGCCAGUUGUCAAGAUCUGCCAGGAUCACCUUAACUCUGACUUUAACCAGUGCGUUGUCUGUAUGGAGGAGUUCGAGCUAGGUGGGGAGACGCGUCAGAUGCCAUGUAAGCACAUCUAUCAUGCUGAUUGCAUCUUCCCCUGGCUCAAGCUGCACAGUUCAUGCCCCGUCUGCCGCUUCCAGAUGCCAACUGAGACUGACACGUCAACUAAGAAGGCCGACACGUCGGCUGAGGAGGACGCAACCCCAAAUCCCCCAUCCACUACUUCCUCCGCCGAGGCUACACAGGACAACAACAACAACAACAACAACAACGGUGCCAGCUCUUCGAGCGGAGCUUCGCCACCUGGCAACAGAAGGCCACCGUGGUUGUGGAGCCUCUUCCAUCCACAUUCAGAAAAUGCCGAUGGCCAGGGCUCAGGCUCAUCACGCGGUGACUCGACUUGACUGGAUGCGUACAUAAAUAGUCUUCUUUGUUUUUUGCGUUUUUAUCUAGAUGUAUAUACAGAAAUGUUUUUUUUUUUUUUUGUAACUUUUUUUCUUUUUGUAGUGUUUUUAAAAUUUCUUUCCUUUCGACGCUCUUCAUGCUUUCGUAGACAUAGGAAUAAUUUGAAGUGUUAAAUUUCAGACACAAGAUGGUUACACCUUUUGUUAAAAGCUCGACAUUAUAAUUUUACUAUGCAGUGUAACAAAUGCCUUACUUAGCAUUUAGAUGCAAAUGUGAAGCCUAAAUAAGGCAUUUACUUUUCAUUUCAAUUAUCUUUUUUUUCAGUAGGAAAUUUGAAUCCAGCAUUUUGGUAUCCUAUAUGGAAAAAAAUGGAGGCAUGACAUUGAAUGGCAUUAGCACAGCUUUAGGUCUCUAGGCAGACACUUAUUGGUUCAUGAUCGUGUUUCUUGCUUGUUACUUCGUGUUUCUGUGUUGUGGUCUGCCUGGUCUGUGUAUUACUUAUAGCUACUAUGAAUUUUUUCAGCUACCUAGUUUUCGUUAGUUCCAUUCAUGUUUUUGUUUCUUGUUGUGUCAUGUUACAUUUUUGUUGAAGAUGAUCUAGUCUCUUCCACUGUUUACUUUUGCAGCUAUGUGCAUUUCUGUAGUACCUUCAUGUUUUUGUUUCUUGUUGUUUCUGUUCUACCUGAGUUAUGUUCCACUUUACAGAAGCUGCUUUAGGCACACCCAUGGUGUACUAUGUCAGCUAGAUAAUUUUCUCUAGCUCUGAUCGGCAAUUUCUGACCACUCGUGAACAUUGAUACCUAAAGUGGUAUAUGGAAUUCAAUUUCUUCUCAAAUCAGGUCCUGCAGCGAUUUAUUUUCCUAUAUACAGAUACUGGCGACUUUUUUUAAGUUGUUUGGUUAGUUUGUUGCUAGGGAAAUCAAAUAUUACUUUACAUGUGCAGUUGAUGGUUUCCCACCACAUUCUAGACAUUUAUAAAUCUGAAUCAGGAUUAUUAUUUUA